ACCAGAAGAUGUAGGCGAAUAAACUGCGGCUGUUUUUGUUUUCUUUAGAAAUGUGAAUCAAAACAACUUUCUAAACGGCACCAUUGGCUAAAUCAGUCAUUAAGCUACUGAAAUCCAGAGUUCACGUUUGUCCCGCUUCAGCCUGCGUAUCAACACACAGCAUCGCAAAAGGACGAAGAAGGUCAAGAGAACAUGUAUCGGUGCCCGGAUAACGGGUGUGUUUCUGAAUCGUCAGAGAAAACGACGAAUGGAGAGGUUUGCUAUUCAAGCCAUCGAAGAGCAAAUGCAACUUAAAUGCAUGGAAAACAGAGAGGAUCAGCCGCUUGGAAUGUCCGCAUCCCGUCUGUUCACCGGCGCUCGAGCAUCUCUGUGCAGCAGCAAACGGAGCAAAGCGACGCUCAGCGUGCGAAUUAAAGGGACUGGGGGUGCGAUCUUUUGAUUUGUUCAAGUACUCUCUGACUGACUCCUACUAUGGUACUCUGAGACUCUGAGACCUCGUGGCCAAGCCCACUAUAGGUACCAAUACCAGCAGGGGACCUCUGUAUAAAGGUUGACAUAGUUUAGAAGAAGCAUCCAGGUCAGUGGAACACACUGAACGACACAAAUAAUCAUGUCUCACGCUUGGGGUUAUGGAUCAAAUGACGGGCCAGAAAAGUGGGCAGAAAGCUUUCCCAUCGCAAAUGGACCCAGGCAGUCUCCCAUUGAUAUCGUACCCACCCAAGCACAAAAUGACCCUUCUCUGAAGCAACUCAAAUUGAAGUAUGACCCUGCCACCGCUAAGGGCAUCCUCAACAAUGGCCAUUCAUUCCAAGUGGAUUUCACUGAUGAUGACAACAGCUCAACUCUGGCUGGAGGUCCCGUCACAGGAAUAUACAGGUUGAGACAGUUCCAUUUCCACUGGGGAAGCAGUGAUGACAAGGGCUCAGAGCACACCAUUGCUGGAACCAAGUUCCCCUGUGAGCUUCAUCUCGUUCACUGGAACACUAAGUACCCCAGCUUUGGAGAAGCUGCCAGUAAGCCUGAUGGCCUUGCUGUGGUUGGAGUUUUUCUCAAGAUUGGUUCCGCCAAUCCAAGACUUCAGAAAGUAUUAGAUGCUCUUGAUGACAUCAGAUCAAAGGGCAGACAGACUACAUUUACCAACUUUGAUCCUAAAACCUUACUGCCUGCCUCUCUGGAUUUCUGGACUUACGAGGGGUCUCUGACCACACCUCCUCUACUGGAGAGUGUCACCUGGAUUGUUCUGAAAGACACAAUCAGUGUUAGUCCUGCUCAGAUGGCUAAGUUCCGUAGCCUGUUGUUCACAUCUGAAGGAGAGGCACCUUCCUGCAUGGCUGACAACUUCAGACCCCCUCAACCUCUCAAGGGACGCAAAGUCCGUGCAUCCUUCAAGUAAACAGCAGUAUGGAUGCCACAACCCUCCCACUGCCUUCUGAUCAUGGUGCUUUUGACUGGUUCACAAAAACAUUCCCAGUGAAACUGCUACUGAAAUAUCACACAGUAUUUAUUCUCAAUCUUGGCCCUUGCUUACAUUGCAGUGUUGAUAACAAGAAAGCUGAAUCUGAUCUUCUAAAACUGUCUGUUUUUGUCAUAAAUGCUAAUAUUAUUACUUAACAUAAGAAAUAGUAUUUAAAAUGCUUAUACUUGGUGCUUAAUAACAAUGGCAGUCCCAAUAGCAGUACUGUAACUAAACUGGACAAAUGGGAGAAUAUUUAAUUUCCCUAUUCAUCCCAGUCUGUCUAUCAUGGUUAGAUUUACAGAAUUGUACUAUACUCCAUGUUAUUUAAUAGGAAAUACAUCAUGGUGCUUUUUGUGUUUAUGGCAAUGGGUGAAUGUCAGUCAGAUGUUUAUGUAUUGAAGCUGAAAUACCUACAGGAAAGCACUUAUUAACAGCAAUAUUUUGUUGUUAGAGUGUUUUAUUAUUUAUCAAGGGGAAUUUCUUUUAAAAUUGUUUCUAAGAAUGUUGUACCAUGAUGUUCUGCCAUAGAUACUAUGAUAUAGAUUUUUCAGAAUAAAAUUGAGCAGUAUUGUAAAGCAGUCAUAUAUUAGCAAUUUUAUCAGCAAUUCAUGAAUAUAUUUUAAACUACUGUAUACUUCCUGUGAUUGUUUUCUGUCCAC